AUGGCCAAACGUACAAAGAAAGUAGGAAUUGUAGGUAAAUAUGGUACCCGAUAUGGUGCCUCGCUGCGUAAGAUGGUCAAGAAAAUUGAAAUCACCCAGCACAGCAAGUAUACCUGUUCGUUCUGUGGAAAGGAAUCCAUGAAGAGAGCUUGUGUAGGAAUUUGGUCAUGCAAAAGGUGUAGACGAACUGUUGCAGGUGGAGCUUAUGUAUAUUCUACAACCGCUGCCACUACUGUACGAUCCGCAAUCAGACGUUUGAGGGAAGUGAACGACUUGUAA